AUGGUCUCUAAAAUAUUCAGUUACUAUUAUUCCAAAACCAGGGGACCUCCUCGAUUGAGGUUUCAAGUUAUGGGACAGAGGGGCCGUAAAUUUUACAAACUAGUAGCAGCUAAUCAAAGAGACCCAAAGAACGGCAAACAUAUGGAAGUAUUAGGAUCCGUUCAACAUAGACCCUCAGUACAAUCAUCAUCGCACAUAGAAUCUCCCCAUGGGACACUAACUGAGAUUAGGCUCCGUUUCAGUCGCGUAAAAUUUUGGUUAGCAGCUGGCUGCCAAUUUAACAUUUCAGUUGCAAGGACAUUGUAUAGCGCAAAUUUGAUCCCUCACCCGCCACCUAGAUACGGGUUACGUACAUGCGGACACUAUGAGGAGCUAAAAAAUAUAUACAACAGGGAACAGCAAGUCGCUAGGGAUCAGUUAAAUUAUUUCUAUAAAAUGGGAGGGAAACCGGAGUUCAUAACUUCACCGCAACAAUCCGAUCCAUCUGAACCUACACCUGCGGAAAUUGUGUCUAGGGCAAUUUAUCCAUCGCUUUUGCGUGAACACAUGCAUGCUAAUGCACACGUCACUAGUGAUCAUGAUAAGGAGCUGGAUUCCCCCGGCCACUUAAUCCGCAAAGUGGUUAGAUAA